UCCAGUGGUGCUAAUCAUGGCUAAUGAACAUCCACAAUCCAACCUUUCUCAUGCAGAGAAAAGUCUAACUUUUCAAUCAACACAACAAAGCUUAUAUAGCUCAACAUUUGGACAUUCAUUUCUUUCCUCAUCGCCUCCACCUCGGAGUUCUAAGAGUACUAAUCCAGGUUUUGGGGAUGAUGAAGAUUGUGAGAAAGCAAUACGAAGUCUCGUUCUUGAGGACUCGCCAAAGGAAUCUAUUGUAUACAAGCCUACGCGUUCAGCAACUUUACCAACAUUACCAUCACAUAAUGAUUACACUAGUAAUGGUUACAAUGUUGCUGCUUCAACGUCAUCUCUUUGGACACCUUCAACACCUUUUUCAUCAAAUCCAUUGAACAAUACGGAAGGGUAUUUCUCACCUCAAACUCCCGAUCAAUAUUAUAAUAGUAAUGGCGGCAUAUUUGGAUCUAAUGUUCCUAAUGUUCGAAGAUCUACUACUAUAAGCAGUAUUCAAGGCAAUGGUACCAUACAUGAUGAUACUGGUCAUGUAAAAUUUGAUAAUGGUUUAGGAGGUCCAUUAGAUUAUCGCGACUCUAAUACAUCUACUGGUGCUGUAACGCCAUCUUCGCCUACAAACUAUUUAUCUCAAUCGCAUUUUCAAUAUAGACCGUUUGUAAAUCCUUUACAGCAACCUCAGACUCAAUCACAACAGUCACAAUUAACACAGUUGCAAUAUCAACAAUUUCAAUUACA